UGCUCCCGUGAGCCGCAGCCCGGCUGUUACCUGGAGAGGCCGCCGGCGCCGCCCUCGCGGCUUCUAUCGCAGCACAAGCCCGGGGCAGCUGGAGAGGAGCCCGGGAGCAGCCCGAGCGCCUGGCAGGAUGGCUGUGGCUCCUCCCAGUUAUUGUUUUGUUGCUUUUCCACCACGCACUAAAGAUGGGCUUGUUGUGUUUGGAAAAAAUUCAGCACGGCCUCGAGAAGAAGUACAGGAGGUGGUCUACUUUGCUGCUGCUGCUCAUGAUCCAGGAAGCAAAGUUGAGUGUACAUACAUUGCAAUUGAUCAGGUGCCGAAGACUCAUGCUGUUAUGCUAAGCAGACCUGCCUGGCUUUGGGGGGCAGAAAUGGGAGCCAAUGAACAUGGAGUCUGCAUCGCUAAUGAAGCCAUCACCACCAGAGAGCCAGCUUCUGAAACUGAAGCCCUGCUGGGAAUGGAUCUUGUCAGGCUUGGCCUAGAAAGAGGUGCAACAGCUAAAGAGGCCUUAGAUGUAAUAGUUUCUUUGUUGGAAGAGCAUGGACAAGGUGGAAAUUAUUAUGAAGAUGGGAGCUCCUGCCAGGCUUUCCAAAGUGCAUUUCUGAUUGUGGAUAGAGCAGAAGCCUGGGUUUUGGAGACUGUUGGGAAAUAUUGGGCAGCAGAAAAAACCACAGAGGGAGUAAAAUGCAUUUGCAACCAGCUUACAUUAACCACAAAAAUUGAUGUUGAGCACCCUGAGCUUAGGAGUUAUGCAGAGACUCAAGGCUGGUGGACUGGAGAUACAGAAUUCAAUUUUUCUGAAGUGUUUUCUCUAGCUGAGGACCAUUUAGGCUGCUGUUCAGGCCAGGAGAGCCUAGAAAAACAAGAAGGAAAUAUCACUGUGCAAACAAUGAUGGAUGUCUUACGUGACAAAGCUAGUGGCGUCUGCGUGGACUCCGAAACUUUCCUCACUACAGCUAGCAUAGUGUCUGUUUUGCCUCAGAACCCUAGUUCUCCCUGUAUUCACUACUUCACUGGCACUCCGGACCCUUCAAGAUCCAUAUUUAAACCUUUCAUCUUCGUUGAUGAUGUCAAACUGGUACCAAAAGUUCAAUCGCCUUUUCUUGGUGAUGACGAUCCUGUAAAAAAGAAACCUCGGUUCCAGGAGAGGCCUGACCGGAGACACGAACUGUACAAGGCACAUGAGCAGGCCCGAUCUGUCACUGAGAAUGAUCAGGAUAAAGGUCAGAAGCUGAUGAGGAUUAUGUUGGACCUUGAAAGACAAGGCUUAGAAGCUAUGGAGGACAUCCUCACCAGUACAGAGGUUCUGCAUCCUGCUGAAGUAGUAGACCUUUUCUAUGACUGUGUCGAUACAGAAAUUAAGUUCUUCAAGUGAACCACAGUGGACACCGUUAGCCUUUUCACAAGAAGACUCUAUAGUUCUUCGAGCCUUGAAAGUCUCCAGUCCACAUAGCUGAAUUUGCAGGAGGAAAACAAACAAAAAGGCUUCUGUCUUUCUAGAAAAAUGUUCCUCAGUAGCUAUAUUGAGUUAACAAAAUUGCUUUCCUUUGUCCAAUCAUGUGGUGGUCCUGUUCUGUGUGUAGUGAAAGGAGAGAGUCACCGAUUGGUCCGUGUGUGCAUGCCAGCUAAUGUAGUGCAGAAUGUUUCAUUGUUUGGGCAACAAACAAUUAAAACAAGGAAUAACUUCAUUCCAGUGUAAUUUCCAUAUAAUCUUUUAAAGCAAACAAAUGUUUUUGUUUUAUUUCCCCCUGUAUAGCUCAGGCUAGGUAGCAAAGCUCAAAUGCUUAGAAUGUCACCAGGUACAUGUAUGCUUACCACUUCACACUGGAAAUGACAGCCGUUUUAAAAACAAAAACAGCAGCCCCUGACAGUCUGAAUUAGAGCGAAAGCCUGGGUCUGAGCUUGCUUGUGUAACUCGGUUGGCUGCAAUGGAGCCACUCUGACUUAUGCCAGAACAUGAGCAGAAUUAUGCCCCCGCGGCUCAGUGCUGCCCUCACCUAUUCAGACAUUGGAAAAACAACGAUUGCACUUGCGAUGCCUGAUAGGUUCUUUUUUCUUUCUUUCCCUAAGAUUCAUAGUACUGUGUAUUGCAGGCAGAAUCAAACUGAGUGCCUAGUACAUUAUAUAAUCAGAUGACUUCAAGGCAGCAUUGGUAGACACAUCAGAGCAGUGACAAUUCAGUCAGAACACUUUUUUUUGUUAGACUAGAGGCUGGGCAUUGAAAAUAAAAUUAGGGACAGUAGUCUGGCUGUGGGACUAUAUUGCCGUCUGAAAGACAAUUCUGUGAGAUCUCCAAAUGGUAUAUGCUGUUUACAGCCAGAGGAAAUCUCCAAUUAUUUAGUACAAGAAAAAGGAAGUGACUGUGACUGAGCUGUUGCUUACUGCAUGCAAGGCACAAAUUCACAGUGAAGCGAUGAUCUAAAUGUUACUCCUUUACAACCUGCAGAGAGGAGGAUACAAAUGGUUUAUUUGCAGUUUUUCAUCAGCACACCAUUUCACCCUCUAGAUUCAUAUUUGGAUUCAUGUGACUCCAGUGAUUGUCUACUUUUCGUGUGCUCUUGCCCUAACUCCUUUAUUUUAAGAAGUUAAUCUAGUGCAGAGGGUGAGCAUUGAUCAAGGGAACCUUCUUAACUCAUGACACAAGGGACAAUAUUAGAGCUGGGUAGGGGACAAGGUGUUAAUUCCCACCCACUGAAAAAUUGCAGCAGCAUGAACAAAAAAGUUUUUCUUUUGGAGGGAGGUUGAUGAUUGAGAAGAGAAGCCCCCGCUGAGGAACUGUUUCUCAGAAGGGGAGCAUCAGUUCACCACUCUUUUGACACAGAUAGUGUGUUUGGGGCUGCACCCAACCCCUACAAAAUAUGUAGCUCUCAGCUGCUUGGAAUCAGAGUCAAACAUCUUACAAACACAGUUUAAGGAAGUUUUUACUAAUGCUUCAUCUGCCACUUCCAGCUAUAAAUCCAUUCAGCAGGCACUUAAGUCUAUAUUUAUGUUGUGGCUACACAAACCAUAUACAGCCAUAAAAUUAUCCCUUUCCGUUUACUUGCUUUCUAUUAAAUUCCUGUUGUGGCUUUAUCAGAUCGCCUCAAACAACAGUAUUAAUCCAGGAAAAAACCCAAACCACUAAGGAAUCCUUGUGGCACCUUAGAGACUAACAAAUUUAUUUGGGCAUAAGCUUUCAUGGGCUAGAACCCACUUCAUCAGAUGCAUGAAGUGAAAAAUACAGGAGCAGGUAUAAAUACCUAAAUAAAUAAAUCCAGGCUACUGUAGAAUACAAUUUCAAAAAGAUCUGCCAGUGAAAUACAUCUGGGCUCAAACUGAUUUUCUGAUUGUUAUUGUUCUUCCCCUUUAAUUCUCUUUGUAUCCCCUUUUGGGUUUUUUGUGUGUCUGUUUUUUGAAUUCACCUCCCUUCUUUCAUAAGUACUAUAAUUUUAGCUUGCUUGAAAUGGAAACAGGACAAAGGUGAUCAACACCUUUCUAGGAGCCCUACACUCCAUGCCCUUGACUUUGCAGGUAACACUGAACAUGUCUCUUAAACAGUGUAGCUGCCACUCCAAGUGUAAGACAGUGGCCACUAUACAAAGUAUCCAGGUAAUCUCAGUAACUGUUCAGAGGUGAGCCACUGUCUACUAUGACAUUUUACAGUGCAUGAGAUGCACUAUAAAAUAUGAUUUAUAUAGCUGUUUCUGUAAUUCUCUUAAUAUGAUGUGUGAUACAGCAGGGCCAGGGAGCCAUGCGAGAGGGGAGAUAUAUAAAUCCUAACCUAAUUAAGGCGUGGUUCCAUGUAGACUAGGGAAGGUUACUUCAGGUUAAUUGGAACACCUGUAGUCAAUUAAGGCCCUGUGAGGCAUCUAAUAAAACCUCCCUGCUUCAGGCAGAGGGUGGUGUGAGGCAGGAGAGAGGAUUGGAGUUUGGAGGUGCGUUGCUGAGACUUGAAAGACCAGAGAAUGUGAGGAAGGGAGAUGUGUCAAGGACAAGAAACCUGCAGGCGUUGAGAGGGGCUGGGGCUUAGAGUGAGGAGCAAAUCGAGACCACGUCCUUCCUCUACCACCUUCCCAGGCCACUAGCAGGGGUAAGGGAUGGUGUCCUAGUCUUACCUCUCCCCCACCCCCCCAUGAAAAGUAUGGGACCCACCAUACCACUAUUGGCCACUUUGCCACAGCUGCUGUACAUUGGAUCAUCAGCAAUUUAAAAUAGCCAAAGCAAUAUUGUGCACAUUCAAAAAACUGCAUCCAUAAUUUGAGGUGCCAAAGAGGCCAGUGUUCAGCAGACUAUAUAAUACAAACACAUGUGCUCCCAAAGCAAGGUGAAUGUAAUGUAAACAUAGCCAAAUAACAACAGAUUGGAGUUUAAAGUUUGCUUGUCAGAUUCUGAAAUGAAAGAUGAAAAGAACUUUCUUUGGCACACACUGUCCCAAAAAUGUUACACUGUGAAUGACAGUGUCAACCAUUUCAUAUAGUCCAUAGAGAUUCUAAAACUACACCCAAACCAUGGAAUAUCUGCAACUGGAUAGACAGGCUUGUGCAUUAGGGAAAUACAGGCAAGCAGUGAUUAUUGUGCCUUUUGCGCCAAUGUGUUGAAGUCUCUUACAUGUAAAUGACUAGUUUGAUGUGUGUAAUCAUGUUCUAUGUUGCCUAGGCAGUGUUGUGAUAAAUUAACAUAAGUAUAUGCUCUUGGAAAUAUCAGAGUAUAUACCGAUUCACUAAAGAAGAGCUGGUCCACUUAUGUGAAACAAGUAAGUAAAAUGUCUCAAAGACCCUUGUGGUCAACUUUUUUUAAAACAAGUUGAUCCUCCAUGUUGCCUCUGUAAGUGCACUCUGUGUACUGCAGCCAUGGUUAAAAAGGGAAAAAUCAAAUUCCCCAAAUUGGAUAUUGUACUCGGCUCCUCUCUAGUUGUAAGACAGGAGGUCUGCUUAGAAGGGAGAAGUCUUCUGCUCUAAAAGCACACAACUGUGAUGAAGCAGCAAAGAAUCCUG